AUGUCGCUUGCCGCUGCCUGCAAGCUUUUCAUAUGCUUCAUCCCCCUGUGUUUAGCUGCACCCGGCAACCACUCAUCUCUUAGUAGUGAUGCGCCAUAUCAGCCGGUCGCCGAAACCAUUCCAGUUACUUUCACGGGAACGACCAGCUAUUUAUCUCUUCCAGACGCGUCUUCCAGAAAUUCGGCUGCAGUUGAGCCAGAUGCAAGAUUCGUCGAAAACGUCGAAACUGAUCUUUCUGAUAUCAAAGGUGCGUUUUAUUAUAACCGGCUGGAAUCGAACAUCAAAGAAUGGCUGAAAACAAAGUUCUGGUCGAUUGAAGAUCAUCAAAGUUCAAUCCCAAAUGAGAACUUAACCGCCGAACGAGGUAUCAAGAAUUUUGAAGCCACGCUACGCGCAGCCGAACCAGAUGCUGCCCACGCUGCAAUUGCAACAAUGAUGCCAUUUGUGGACUCAGAUGUUCACACUAAUCAAUCAGAAUUGUGGAACUCGGGACUCGACAGCAACACACUUAUAGCUUUGAUUUCGAAAAAUGCUCAAUUCAGUGGACUGCAAUCAGCUGCAGAUUUGGAGCAGUUGGAGCACAUCCAGCAGAAGCCCAUCACUUCCAAUAGCACGACAGCGCUGCACAGCAACUCUUUUUUUGCCUACGUUACAGCACAAAUUCCUUCAGGCCCAGUGGAUUUAUCCAGAACCCAUUAUAAAUCGGAAGAUUUUUCUUCGAUUCCUUCCACUGAGAUUGACAGCAAAUCAAUUUCAACACUUUUGCAAAGUCCCACCACUGAUAAACUCGGGCCGUAUGCAACUUGCCUGCACGGCUCUGCCAGUGGAUCAGGUGUAUUUUCCAUGUCAAGACCCAUCGAUCUAGAACAUGGACCGAAUUUAUCUUUUUCAAUAGAUCCACGCAUAUCGCAAGGCUCUACCAAAGGUGCGACAGCAUCAAAUCUUGUUAUUAUGAGAAGUUCUGCUGCCUCUAAUCCUGUCACAAAUGCACUAGACAAAUACACCGUCAUCAGACAACUAAAAAAGAAAUCAAAACUUCGUGCUUUGAUCUGCAAUAAUUCGACUCCGCCUGUCGUGAAUCGUGUACCAACUCGUAAACCGAGUAUGACGUGCCACUACAUUUUAUAA